AUGACAGGACGAGAGAAAGUAGAGGAAAAGCCGCACAGUAAAGUCUUAACGACACCGACUUAUUUCGGUGCGGACAAGUCGCGCGUCAGCGGCGCCGGAUUUCGGUCCAAAGGCUUUGCCAUCACCGACUUGCUGGGCCUCGAACCGGACUUCCGGGCGCGUCAGCCCGGUACUGUAGAAGUCAGCGGACAGCACCAGGGCGUUGAUGUGGGUCACGGCACAAGGGCCGGGGGCUUCUCGUUGCCCGCAGGGUCAUUGCCACUCGGUUUAGGUUUCCUCUGCAGUCUGGCGGCGCAGCAGCCUCCCGGUGCCCCGUGUUUCCUCCCGGGACACAUCCCACUUCUGCAGUCCCGGACAGACAGGCAUUUCAACCAUAACACCGAGCCACAGCGGCCAGACGUCUAUUCCGAUGAUGACUGUCUUUCUGGGGAUCAUAACGAAGAGAAAAGCUCAAGCAACUCUCAGAAACGAAAGAAACGAAGACACAGGACGGUGUUUACUUCUCACCAGCUGGAAGAACUAGAGAAGGCUUUCAACGAGGCUCAUUAUCCAGAUGUUUACGCAAGGGAAAUGCUGGCCAUGAAGACAGAGCUCCCUGAAGACAGGAUACAGGUGUGGUUCCAGAACCGACGGGCCAAAUGGAGGAAGAGGGAGAAGUGCUGGGGGCGCAGCAGUGUGAUGGCCGAAUACGGCCUGUACGGCGCCAUGGUGCGUCAUUCCAUCCCUUUACCAGAAUCCAUCCUCAACUCGGCCAAAAACGGCAUGAUGGGCUCCUGCGCUCCCUGGCUUCUGGGUGAAGCAUUUUGUUCUCCUUAUUCAGGAAUGCAUAAAAAGUCCAUGGAAAUGUCCAAGAAGUCGCCGGAGAGGACUGCGUCCACACACUCCGAUCCAUACCACGAGGAGAUAAAAGGGAAAGACGGAGACGCCACGUGGACGAGACGAGGCUCAGUGACAGACGAGUUGGAGGAUAUGGCCAUCGAUUUAUCCAACACAUCCAAACAGGAAGGCAAGAUCACUGCUUUGAAAGUCUCGUCUUCUCAUCCUGAAGCCAGCAUCCACUCGGAAAACAAGAACUGA